AUACAUGCAGAUGCGAAAUAUGGAAGAGGGAGAAGGAGCGACGCGAAACAAUUGACGUCGUCGGCGUGCUGCAGUCUGCUUUUGCCGCGCGUGUGUUUUUGUGCCUCGGUGUUGUCAUUUGCCUCCCCGAGCCUGCUUGCUGGCCUGCUUUGGCUCGGCCGGCGCGCGCGCGCGCGCCCUCAGUGUGUCGUUUGGCGCGCAGGCGUGCUGGAGCGCGGCGGGAGCGCACGUGACGGUGCGAGUGACAGUGAAAGUGACCGUGACAGUGCUGUGACAGUGAAAGGGUUGUGACGGUGAAAGGGUUGGGACAGUGCUUGUGUGACUGUGUGCGCGUGCGGUGCGCCUCGUGUGAUGUGGCCGUGGUCUUCGGAUGAUUUUCACAGUGAGGAUUGAUUCAGAGUCUAUACAUCCGUGUGGCUUUUACUAUUGUAGUUGCUGUGUUGCUUUUUUGAGUGCGUUAGUUUUUUACUGCUACUGCUGCUACUGCUUUGUGCUGCUCUUUCGUGCAAGAUGCGCCGGCGGCGCGGCUCUAGCUAGCGCUGCCGUCAGUGUUAUUUGAGUAUUUGUGUGCUUUACGUUGGGAUUUUUCACUUCUUGUGUCGUGGGCCGAACAAUAACUUUGGAUGGAUAACGCUUCUACAAGUGAGUUGCUGUGACUGACAACGCAUAAUCGUGAAACGGAUACCUUUUCAUCUGUAUGCGGGAUUGCGGGUGGUGCUAACGUGACGCCUUUAUUAGGGGCGGAUGCGACGUAGCCCCCGCAUCCCCGCCGUCCUUCUUCUGCCCGCCGACGACCCCGGCAGCCCCGGAUCACCCUGUCGGACCGUCGUCUGCCUGCCGAGGCCGCCGUCGGCGGCGUGACGUCGUCCACAACCGACACCGGCCGCGAGGCGACCAUGGAAGUGCGCGAGUGCCCCGUCAAGUGAGAGUGCGCGUGAUGCGAGAGUGAAGUGCCGUGCACAAGUGCAGUGCAAGCACGCCCCCCCCACACCCCCUUCUCCCCGCUCGCAGUGCGGCCGCCCGCCGGCCCGCGCAACCCCGCCGCCACCAUUGCGGAGCUGCAGUACUUCCCCGUGGACGAGCCCCACGGCGCCCCCGCCAAGAUCGAGUCCCAGAGCGUGUGCGACUCGGUGGCGGAGGGCAUGAGCUCGUACUUCGCCAACGCCUACAUGCCUCCCCACGCCGACAUGAGGAACGGGGGUGCGGAGCACCCCCACCAGCACCAGCACUAUGGCGCGGCCGUGGCCGGCCCGCCCAUGGACCCCAGCGUGUGCGUCAACGGCGACAUGCGGCAGGGCGUGGUGCCGCCCCACGGGCCCCCGCACCACUACCCCACCACGGGCGGCACGCAGAUGCCCUACCCGAGGUUCCCGCCCUACGACCGCAUGGACAUCCGGCACGCGGCCUACUACAACGCCCAGGGCGGCGGCAUGAUGGACGACACCGGGUACCGGCCCAACUCGCCCAUCCAGCACAUGACCCACGCGGCGCACGGCCCGCCCAACGGCCACAACGCGCCCGCGCCCGUCGUGUACGCGAGCUGUAAGCUGCAGGCGGCCGCCGUGGGGCCCGGGGGCGUCAUCGGCGGCCCCGUCAGCCCGCCGCUGGACACGGGCAUGCACCACCAGCAGCAGCCCCAGCAGCACCACCACAUGGUGAACCACCAGCAGGCGCCGCCGCCGCCCCACCAGGCGCAGCAGCCGCAGCCCCAGCCCCAGCCGCAGCCGCAGCACCAGCCGCCGCCGCAGCACCACCCGCAGCAGACUCCGCCCCACCACAUGAUGUACAACAACGUGAACCCCGCGGUGGUCAACGGCGGCGGCAUGCCCCCUCACCCCCACCACCAGCAGGUCAUGUCCCCUCACCAGGCGCCCCCGCAAGGGCCGCCCCCCACGGCACAGCAGCAGCAACAGCAGCAGCAGCAACAGCAGAACAACAACAACAGUUCGCUGCCAUCACCUCUUUACCCUUGGAUGCGGAGUCAAUUCGAUAAACACAACGGCUCCGGAGACUAUGAGAGGAAGCGAGGGCGGCAGACCUACACCAGGUACCAAACCCUGGAGCUGGAGAAGGAGUUCCACUUCAACCGCUACCUGACGCGUCGCAGGCGGAUCGAGAUCGCCCACGCGCUCUGCCUCACGGAGAGGCAGAUCAAGAUCUGGUUCCAGAACAGGCGGAUGAAGUGGAAGAAGGAGAACAAGACCAAGGGCGAGCCCGGCUCCGGUGACGGUGACGGUUCAGGCGAACUCAGUCCACAGACUUCGCCUCAGUGAGAUGAGGCCCCGGAAGAGCAUACCUUGUUCUUCCACCACUUUUAGUCAUUCUUCAUGAUAGUCACGCGACGACAUUCAGUGCAAAGUGUGUUUGUGUGUGUGUGUCUCGCCCCAGUGGCUACGAGGACAGACAUGUCGGGUCACCACGGUGACCCAGCUGCCUUCUAUCACUGCUAUUUUGUGUACAUACCGUAGGGUAAAAGAAAGAGAGCGAGGACAAAUGGAGUAUGAGUGAGUGAGAAAAUGAGGGAGUAAAAGGGUGCAGAAGCGUAAUGAUCGCUGCGAAACAAAGUGAUAUUUCUAUUUCUUUUUCGAGUUAAGGAUAGACCGGGUCAAGCGCGUCAGCCUGUUCUUCGACCAGCGCAUUGAUAUUCUGAACUAUUUCGAUGUGCGGAAACUAUGGAUGUGUUCUCUUUUAUCCGAGUCGUCUGCAGCCCUAAAUUGUUUUAAAUGUCAAAAAGCUCGUGUCACAAUACCAAGUGACGAGAGUUUGCAAGAGUCUCUUUCAGAGUUGCUUUGCGGUGAUAUAUUUUGGAAUGGCCCUGUUUUUGGUUAUAGACUUUUCAAAAGCGAAUUUUGAAACGGCCUUAGCACUGCGGCAAUUGAUCUUAAACGGGCUGUCCGGUUCACUUGAUUUUAACUUAAAAUUAAGGAAAAAUCAGAACACACUCAUUUGUGUAAUGUAUUUACGGCUAGAAGCCUGACAUUUCCGAAAUUAAGUACUUGACUUAUAGGUAUCCUCCUUGCUCUUGACUACACUACCUCCCUACCUUACAACCAAAGAAAAAAUAAUUAUAGUGUAGAAGACAGGUGAGCACACUGUGAUUUAAGUGCAGAAUAUGUGAUGUGCAAAUUAUCCUGUGCGCAAAUUUGCGUGAAUUGGUGUUUAACUCUCCUAAAACGGGUGUUUGUGUAAAAACAUGUAAGUGAAGUGAAAUCUAAUGUCAAACUGGUUGGUGGCAGCCUGGAUUAGCCGCCAAUUCAGUGAUGACGAGAGGAUGACGCAAGCUACAACAAGUGAUAACGUUACCUGUAGUGAAGCCGUGUGGCGCACUAAAACUUGGAUUUCACCUGCGCUUCCUGGCUGGACAAACCAUGUGAGUAUUAAGAUCAACGUGCUGUCUGUAGAGACUCUUGCAAUUAGCUCUCGGCUUUCCUUGUGUUUUUGUUUUUCUUGUACGUCGAAAUUUUUGUGUGCGGGAGGACAUGGGUCUAAGCUAGGAAUUAAAGUCAGCACAGCUUUGGCUGUAGCAAUAACCUCAGAUACGUAAACGUUUGACGGCUGCAUACGAAAUAACUGACCGCUGUCUAAAAUUGUAUGGAACAGAUAAAUGUAUGAUGUAUUUUUUUCAGUGCUUUAAAUUUGUCAUUUAAGUAUACAAGUAAAUGUGUUAUUUGCGUAAAUAAGAAUAGUUAUUCUACGUGUUGUAGUAAAUUUUUUAAAAAAUUGAGAAAAAGAAUCGCUAUUACAAGUUAGCAAAUUGUUUGGUUUUCACAAGUAACUCAAUUGAGGGCGCUUUUGGCGCGUUAUGAAACUUAUGUGAUAAUACCAGAAAGUGUUAAUUACUCAAAACUUGGAUCAGAACAUUAGUUUUGCGUUGCACUGCAAAGGUCCUGGGAUGCAGCAGUGCGAAAUUUUCAACCGUUCUAUGUGCAAUAUUUCGAUAGAGUGCCAAAAAUGCUGAUCAGUUGAGUUAUCUGUGUUUUUGUUAACGCCCCGUUCACGGUGGCAAACAUACCACAGUUCCUAGGACUCGCAAAGUGUCAACAUUAUUUAUUAUUCGUACAAGGAUUCAUACAUUCUUAAAUCAUGUUGUCCUGCGCAUCCUUGAAAGGGCAUAUUUCUGUUGUUUGUUAAGUGUUGCCUGUUUUCCCUCCACAAUGUUUCGUUGAGAAAGUCCAGUGUAUCGUAUACCAUUAUAUUUUACGUCGUAUAAGAUUCAUUGCUGAGUGCAACACUGUUUAGUUGUAAUUUGAGUCACACUCUUUCGGCCUACUUGGAUUUGCCCAAAUAACCGAGCCGGAGAAAGUAAUGUUCAAAAUUAAUAUCGUUCUUGCGUAAGCUGGAAAGACUGACCUCUAUAGUCUAAAGUAUGCCAUAUUAGGGUAUAUGAUGUGUAACACUCGGUACCAGUUAAUACAUUAUACAGAGCCAUGUGAUAUUUUAUGUCGUACAAAUAGUGUCGGAGGGCACCCUACCGACGGUUUUCUCCUACUCUAUGCACUCUGUACUCUUUGAUCGUCUUUCAAUCGACAGCACUAGUUUUAUGGUUUGAAGUUUUAGGGAACGGUCCGCAGUAACAUCCCGAGGCGGUUAGUGUGGACUGAGCUCUUUUAUUUUCACAAUCGUUGUAGAGUAAAUUUCUUUUCGCUGUCACAUUUGUUUGAAUACAACACACAAUAAUGUGCUUCUAGUCCUACUUUGUAAAUAUGUAGCGUUUAUACUUACUUAGGUGUUAAAAUGUACCACAGGGUGUACAAAACUUACUGUGUAUAUGUCCGUUUUUAUUUUUUAUAUUAAAUUGAGCUUUUGGAACACCCUGUCUGUUUUGUUUCCGAAUGGUACAUAGUGCAUAGGAGCAGAGGAAAUGUGGAAGUCAGGUUCGUUUCCAGAAAUGUCACGUUAUGUAUACGAACGCUUCUGUCGUAAACCUAUUAAAUUGCAACUGGUUUGUAGGUGUCCUGAUUUAUACUUUAUGCUCAAUAACUUUAACGCCAGAUUGGAUAUUUUUAAAUUAAAUCGAGUAUUAUUGACGUGCUUCAACCCCCUUUACAUACCUCAAUACGAUGUAUAUUAGUUUUAUUUAUGUUGUAGUAUAUUAUUGAAGGGGUUGCAAUACUCUUGGCGUUCAAAAGUGCAAACUUGUUUUAAAAUUGUUUUGUUUUCGAACACUCUGAUAGAAACACACCUAUAACUCAUUAAUUUAUUAUCGUAGACGUGUAUUGUACAUUUAGGAUAUAUCUAGUGUCCGGUUUUAAUAAAUAAAUAUAUAUAUAAAUAUAUGCAAAUUCUAUAUAUAUAGCGAUGAUGCGUGUAUGUAAAGAGAGUAUGUCCCGAUUCGAAAGCCUUGAUUGUGUUUGAGAUCAAAGUGAAACAAUAAAAUAUGGUUGAAUAUGAA